CCCGAUUCUUUGUGUUCAAGAAUCUCCCCUCAAACAUGGCUCUGAGCAGAGGGACGUUCUAUUUUGGUCUGGCUUUGUUCUUCAUUGUAGUUGAACUGCCAUCAGGGUCCUGGGCAGGACUUGAGUAUUCCCAGUCAUUUCCAGGAGGGGAGUUUGCUGUGUGCGAGACAUGCAGGCUGGGCCGGGGGAAAUGCAGGAGGACGUGCCUGGACAGUGAGAAGAUCGCCGGCAAGUGCAAGCUGAACUUCUUCUGCUGUCGGGAGAGGAUCUGAACCCAAGGACCAAUGGCCUGGGGGUAAGAAGCCGUGCUGAAUGGAUGGUCAAGGAGAGAACAUCUGUGGCUUCACGGAGUCACAGUCAGUGCUGUUCAGGCCCAUCUCACCUCAUUCUGUUUCUGUGCUUCAUUUCAAUGUUAAGAUGACAGAAAUCAAAACAGCAAUGAAUGCCUUCUACGCAAGCAGACAGGACUGCACAUCUCCAGCACACUCAUAACUCAUAAGUGUUCUUUCCAGGGUUUCCUCAUAGGGCUCAGGGUCACCUGAGAGUGUGACUAUCAUUCUGAUUUGUAUUUGAUCCGGGUAUUUGAUUUGUGUUGCUGCCUAUGGUAUGGGAAAGCUGGGAGACAAGGGGCAGCAUGUGCACCACUGCCUCUUCCUGUCUCUCUAACAUACUAAUGACCGUGGGAGUGAACGAAAGUGUCACUGUUGACCCUGUCGACAGCUUUGUAGUUCUAUAGAAUACAAGGAAAAUCCAUUCACUUGAUUCUUGAUGAGGUAAUGUACUAUUAUCCACAGAUUUUGACAAUUAUGGUCUAUGUUUUAAACAACCCUCAUGUGCUCUGUUAUUGCCUGAGCUGCAGAGACUGCAUUGUCCUUGCCUGCAAAAGGAAAUGGUUAGAGAAGAAUCAAAAUGUCCACUUGCACAGGGUGUCUGCAGACGCCAAACUGUAUCUUCCACCUUACGGAAUAAAAUUUGUAGCUUAACAAAC